AUGGAGAGACGUGAAGUACGUCGUCAGCAAGAAAUCGAAGAGAAACUCAUAGAGGAAGAAACUGCUCGAAGAGUGGAAGAGCUUGUGGCUAAACGCGUAGAAGAAGAGUUGGAGAAAAGGAAGGAUGAGAUUGAGCGAGAGGUUCUUCGCAGGGUGGAGGAGGCUAAGCGCAUCAUGGAAAAACAGUUGCUCGAAGAACUCGAGCGACAGCGACAAGCUGAACUUGCAGCACAAAAAGCCAGAGAGGAAGAAGAGCGUGCAAAGCGUGAGGAACUAGAGCGAAUACUAGAAGAGAAUAAUCGAAAAAUUGCAGAAGCACAAGCUAAACUGGCUGAAGAACAAUUGAAAAUUGUUGAAGAACAAAGAAAGAUUCAUGAGGAGAGGAUGAAACUAGAACAAGAGAGACAACGUCAGCAAAAGGAAGAGCAAAAAAUUAUCCUGGGCAAAGGGAAGUCUAGGCCAAAACUGUCCUUCUCACUAAAGAGCCAGGAUUAAAUUGCAACUCUGAACUCUUAAAAGAAACCAAGAAACAUACAAACAAACAAACAAAAACCCAACAAAAAAAAAGGAUAACAAAAAAAACUUUGUAUGGUAGCUUCAUGUUGAAGUGUUUUGGUUUUUUUCUCUCAAUUUUUUUUUUUUGGUCUUUUUUGAAAGUCUGGAAAGUUAGCUUGUUCUAAUAGGGGCUGUGCUCUGCAAUUCUUAAUUUUUUUUAAACUUCCAUUAAGUUAAACCCUUAUCAGAUCAUUGUUGCCUUUUAGAAGGUAAUCUGUUCUCAUCAGUUUUGUUUCUGUAUUAGUGGUCUGAAGCAGAUCAGGUCACUAUGAAUUGUGGAUGAUCUGAUAAGGUUUUACUUACCUACAUCAGAGUUUGACUCUGAUAAUUGACGGAACUUUAUACUGGGUAUUGCUGACUUUUAAUUUUUUUUUUUUUUAAAGAAGUCAGUAAAUACAUGAGUAAAUUGCCAUAGUAUUACUGGACCUCUGUGGUUUAUUGUUAAAUCAGUGUCCUAUGAUACUGUCCCAUUGUUGCGCUUGAUGUUCCUGAUACAGGUAAGGAAAUAGUUUGUCAUUUCUGCUAUAAAUACAUAGAGAGAGUUCAGUAUUGUCUCUGUUAGAUUUGUUUUUAUUACAUUGACAGCAUUCAACCAGCGUUCCCCAUUGUGUAAAUAAACCAAUUUGCUGAAUAAAGUGAAAGUCUUAAAUUC